AUGGGUAAGCUAAAAAAAGUUACCAAACAGAAGUUGGGAAAAAAAGUAAAGAAAAAGAAGCAAGCAGUUCCAAAAAUUGAGGUUUUUGCUGAAGAAGAUUCCGGUGAUUCCGCGGGACAGUCUUUCGAUUUUAACUGCUUAAGAGCGACUCUGUAUAAUGUAUCUUUCCAGGAAGCAGUUAAACAACUUUUUUUAAAGUACUUUACAUCUGCAUCUGCAUUAAAGGAAGUUAUUCUUCUGCGCUCUACCUCGUUAAACGGAGAUUUACAUCAGGGUUACAAAACAAUAAGAGUUCGACUUUCCGAUGAAAACAAGGUUGAGGGCGUUUUAAGAUGUUGCGAAAAAAUUCCUCUUAUUCAUUUAUCUGACGAGGGCAUCCAUCCAUCACCGUGUGGACCUGCAAAAUUUGCUGAGGAUUAUCGCAAAACAUAUGUGCCAGCCGACGAGUUACAAAAGCAAGUUGAUGAGUUUAUGGACGCCUACGAUAGUAGGAUACUGGAGGAAAAGCGCAUUGCAAAGAACAUGAGAAAUGUGCCUGAUGACGAGGGAUGGAUUACAGUUACUCGUAAAGGUAGCAAACGUGUGCCACCAAAGGCGGUAGUCGCAAGUAAGGACGGGGUAAAAAGUAAUAUUAAAAAGAAGAAAAAGUCGGUAGUUGCCUGUUUUCAGCAAGUGGAUGUGGCGUUCUACUCUUUCCAUGUAAAGGAAUCAAAAUUAAAAAGAUUGGAAGAGUUGCGAGCAAAGUUUGAAGAAGAUAAAAAAAAGAUAUCUUUAGCAAAAGCAAUGCGGAAAUUCAGACCGGCGUGA